UAGACCGACCAUUCGCUUGCGCUCCUCCUUAUCUCUAACCUUAUCUAAAGUGGCGCUCCUCUUUCUCUAUAACCUUAUCUGAAGGUAUUCUUCUCCGAGGCAGGCGCUUAAGAUCUGACUUUAAAAAGUCGAAUAACAUAGCCCUCUUUUUAAGACACGAGAGGGUAGGCGAUGUGUUAGUACAACCUGAGAUCGCAUUCCUUUUCUCCCAACUUGCUGAUCAUCAAAUAUUCAAUCCCCCGGCCCGAACUCAGUGGACUAAUCAUCUUCGCUCUCCCUGAAUCUUAAUCGUGCUUCGUCUUCCUUAGAAUGGAAAAAUCCAAUGAGUGUUGUUCAACUCAACUCAUUGAUGCGGAUGGUGCAUUCAAUGUUACUGGAAUUGAAAAUAUCACGAAGGAGGUUAAAUUGGCACAAUGUGGGCUUUCAUAUGUUGUUGUAUCCAUUUUGGGCCCACAAAGUAGUGGAAAGAGCACACUGUUGAAUCAUCUAUUUCGUACAAACUUUAUAGAGAUGGAUGCUUACAAUGGAAGGUUGAAAACCACAAACGGUGUUUGGAUUGCUAAAUGUGAUGGCAUUGAACCCUGCACCCUUGUAAUGGAUAUAGAGGGAACUGAUGGAAAAGAGAGAGGAGAGGAUGAUACAACAUUUGAAAAGCAGAGUGCCUUGUUUGCCCUUGCAGUUUCUGAUAUAGUUCUAAUAAACAUCUGGUGUCAUGAUAUUGGCCGCGAGCAAGCAGCAAAUAUGCCUUUGUUGAGAACUGUUUUCCAGGUCAUGAUGAGAUUAUUUACUCCCCGUAAAACUACCCUACUGUUUGUUAUUCGUGACCAAACAAAGACACCCUUUGAAAAGUUGGAGCUUGAUUUACGGGAAGGUAUUAAGAAGAUGUGGGAUACCGUCCCCACGCUAGGAGAUCACAAGGAAACUCCUCUUAGUGAAUUUUUCAAUGUUGAGGUUGUCGCUCUUGAUAGUUACGAGGAUAAUGAAGAACAGUUUAAAGAGCAGGUGGCUAAUCUAAGACAACGGUUCUUUCACUCUAUUGCACCUGGUGGGCUUGCCGGAGAUAGGCGGGCAGUUGUUCCAGCUUCAGGCUUUUCAUUUAGUUCACAACAACUAUGGACGGUUAUUAAGCAGAACAAAGACCUUGAUAUGCCUGCACACAAGGUUAUGGUGGCUACUGUACGAUGUGAAGAAAUUGCAAAUGAAAAAUAUGCCUCUUUUACUGCAAAUGAGGAAUGGUGUCAACUUGAUAAAGCAGUUCAGUCUCAUGUUGUGCCUCGCUUUAGGAAGAAGCUUAGUUCAAUGCUGGGUACUUGUCUAACAGAGUACGAGGCUGAGACCACAUUUUAUGAUGAAGGUGUGAGAUUGGAUAAGAGAAAGCAGUUGGAAGAGAAACUGCUGCAGCUUACCCUACCAGCCUAUCAAUUCAUGCUGAAACAUAUACGAUCUGAAACUUUAGAAAAAUUCAAAAAGGAAUUUGAUAUUGCAUUGAAUGAAGGGAAAGGCUUUGCUAUGGUUGCCCGUGGCUGCACCAAGUCCUUUAUGGCCCAGUUUGAUGAAAGAUGUGCCGAUGCUGUCAUUGAUCAAGCUAAUUGGGACUCGUCUAAUACAAGGGAUAAGCUCAAGUGUAAUAUAGAUACACAUAUUGCUGCAGUCCUUAAGUCCAAGCUGGAUGAACUUACAGGAGUCUAUAAGACAAAGUUGAAUGAUGCACUAUUUGAAAAGGUUGGGUCUCUAUUAGAUCAAGCUGGAGAUAAUACAUGGCCAGAAAUAAGAAAACUCCUACGGCGUGAGACAAAAGAUGCAGUAUCAUCUUUUUCUGCAGCACUCUCUGGCUUUGAGAUGGAUGAAAAAACCAAAGAUAAUAUGCUUUCAAAGUUGAAGGAUUAUGCAAGAGAGGUAGUCGAAACAAAGGCAAAAAAAGAUGUUGGAAUGGUUUUGCACCGUAUGAUAGGAAGGUUUAAAGAAGAAUUUUUCAAAGAUUCCUAUCAAACUCAUACAGGGGGGAAAGAAAUCAAAGCAAUUGCCAAAAGUGCACGUUCAUCUUCUCUCAAAAUACUCUCAGUUAUGGCUGCUAUUCGCUUGGAGGAAGAAACUGACAAUAUUGGAAAGAUCCUUUUGGAUGCUUUCAUCGAAAGCCCGUCACCUGACUCUCUACCAUCAAGCUCUUGGGAUAAGGUUCCUGCAUCAAAAACGUUGAUAACACCUCUCCAGUGCAAGUCUGUUUGGGAAGACUUUAAAAAGAAGACAGAAGAGUGCAUCCAUACAGCUUUGGUUACUCAGAAGGCUAACAGAAAUAGCAAUAUAUAUCAAUUGGCAUCGAUGGGCUUUAAUGUAGGAAUGCUUGGCAAUACUGCUGUACAUGCCGGUAUGACCCUACAUAAUCACAUCGGAAUGACAGCGGCUGUAGACGUCAAUCUGGAUCCAGCAAUAGCGGGUCUACACACAACAGCGGAUCUACACUUCAUAGCGGAUCAUGACCUCACAGCGGAUCUGUGUGGAUCCACACAUCACAGCGGAUGACAUUAGUUAGGAAUCUUGGGUUCACACUGCACUGUGCAUCCUGGUUUUUGUGCAUGCGUUUUGUUUUGUGUUGUGACUUUUUGUAUCUUACGUUAUGAAAUUCUAUACUUGGAACAAACUAGUAAUUGUGUAAUGUUAUGAAUUUUUGUGUAGUAUUGUGAAAUUUUGUGUCUAUAAACACAAAUUAUGUACCUAAAUCAAAUGUGAAAGAUAAGUAAAUGUAUAACAUGUGUAUGUGUUUUGGCGUUGAAUAUGAA